AUGUCGACCUCUAAAAUCACUGUCCUCGUGACAGGCGGCAACAACGGCAUCGGCCUUGCUGCAUGCCAACUUUUCGCUACCCAACCCAAUUACCACACUAUCAUGGCUAGUCGUUCUAUUGACAAGGGACAAAAAGCACUCGCAUCAAUCCAGUCUUCAAAUCCGGUUGGUUCGAUCUCUCUAGUUCAGCUGGACAUCACCUCGGACUCCUCUAUCGCCGCAGCCGUGGAAGAAGUCAAGUCCAAACACGGACACUUAGAUGUACUGAUCAACAACGCCGGAAUUUGCCCCAUGGACUUCUCUCGAACUGUUCUCCGCGAUGCUCUUGAAACAAAUGCCAUCUCACCCUCAGUGGUAACAGAAGCUUUCGCACCGCUCCUCCUGAAAUCCAGCAGCCCUCGCAUCAUCUAUGUUACUUCCGCCCUGGGAUCAAUCCACAAUCGUGAAGAUCCCAAGAACAACGCUUACAAUGAAGCGUACAAAGCGUAUCGAAUCAGUAAAGCUGCGUUGAAUAUGGUUGUGGCGUGUGACGCUUGGGAGUAUCGGGACAAGGCAAAGGUGUUUGCAUUUUGUCCUGGAUAUGUGAUCAGUGAUUUGGCAGGGCAAAGGGAAGCAAAAGAGAAGGCUGGAUUUGCAAAGAGUCCUGAGGGAAGUGCGAGGGGGUUAUUUGCUAUUGCGUCCGGGAAACGGGAUGAGGAGAAUGGGCUGUUUUUACAUGAUGAGAAGGCUGGGGAGGUGUAUCCUUGGUGA